GCGUAAAUUUGAGGUUAUGUUAGUAUUAAUUCGACGUUCACCAUAGACGAACGUGCGGUGGCGACGUCUCGCGUCCGUCCGACCGAUCGGAGUGCAUCGGCGACGGUACGAUCGAUAUCGUACACUCAAGUGCAUUGUUGCAGUGCCCGUGCUAGUUAAAUAUAUUUUGACUGAAACUUGUGACCGGUAUGAUACCGAAUUUGAAGCUCAGCUGAUUGAUAAUAACUCGAGGUGUUAAGCAGUAACGGAACAAUGGGUGCACCUGCAUGGGGUACGCGCGGGGGCGGUGGCGACCGGCCGCGCUUGCUGCGCAUGACGCCGCUGCGGCACAGCUUCGCAGCGCCGGCGUCACCACCCGCUCCCCCACCGCCGCGAGCGCACGAUUACGCCUCCGACGCUGACACCACUAAAAAAGAAAGCUGGAAUGCAAAUUUGUCACAGAGAUGGAGAAAAUUACGUCGUCGGUGCUCCAGACUUCGGCCAGGUUCGGGCAACAGGGAGCCAAGUCCUGUGCGCUGCUCACCCUCGCCUCCUAGACAGCCAAAUCAAUGCUCUCCGGCUCCACCUUCUAAACUCUCAUUUCGCCAUAGAGGCAAAGUCUAUACAACAGCAUCAUUGCGAGUAACGAGUGGUGCCCCAGACCUACUGCGUGCCUUGGGCAAACUCGGCGGUGGACUGCGUCGACGGGCCUUGUCAGCACACGACGUCCUUGCUCCACCCCAACAACAACCUUCUACAUUCUACGUUCCUAGUCCUACAGCGGUUAGGCAGCAAUCUUCACCUUCACCACCCAGACAGUCCACGAUAAGGCGGCGUUGUAGUUCCCCAAACGUCUACAGAAAUAAAACAUCACCAAUUCGCAGAGAUCGAACACCAUUAAUAAAUCCAGAAGACGAGAGUCGAGAUCAAGUGGAUUACAGUUACGUUCCUGAAAGAAGAAAAAAUGCUCCCGAACCUCGAAGUCGUAGACCCUAUAGUGAAAAUGUGGACUUGGAGGUCCCAUACAGAAAUUGUUAUAAUCGUAUACCACCUGACGCAAAUCAAAGAUUAUGGGAAGAACCGUACAGGCUACCACGAGUACAAUCAAGGCAAGACAGACAAGAGCCCAUGCAGCAAUUAAGAAAUGGAGUGUCUGAAUUACGAGUGAGUGUUACGCCGCGAUCUUCUCGACCGCCUGCUGUUCCUGUUACGCCAGGACAGCAAACGAAGCGACCUAUUGACCUACGUGAUAUGCAGAACUUUGAGGUACGUUUUACAAAAUCAGCAGGAGGUAAAGGUCUCGGCUUCAGCAUCGUGGGCGGUAAAGAUUCUCCGCGAGGCGAUAUGGGAAUCUUCGUCAAAACUAUUUUCAACAACGGCCAAGCAGCCGAAUCAAUGCUACGAGAAGGCGAUGAAAUCGUAUCGGUUAACGGCCGUGGCACUGCCGGGCUGACCCACGGGGAAGCCAUCAGACUGUUCAAGGACGUGCGAGCUGGCCCUGUGUUGCUGCGCGUGGCUCGCAGAGCGCCCGCCCGCUGACUGCCCUGCGCCUGCUGCGGUGACUCAUCGCCGCACCAGGCGCUAUCACAUGUUCCAGACUCUUACUCCACUUUGUAAUACGAGUUUGACGGAAACGUCAUAUGUCUAUAUACGUAGAUAUUCUACGUAGAAUCGCGUCCACGGCAGCGAAUGUAUACGCGUUAAAAAACUUUCUGUGCUACUUUCGAAUAAUAAAUUCGUUAAAUAAUCAUUGACCUCUGGCAAUCAUAAUAUCCAGAGUCAUGAUCAGCACAUAUUUCGCAAGUAAAAACACCGUAGGAUGACUAUGGUCAUAACAGCUACGUCUUUAUGAAAAUUGGGAGCCUUUUUUAUAACACAUCAAAGUGAUUCAACAAAAUAGUAUCUGAGCCCUUUCCGUACCAUCAGGCCCUAUUUGUCAAUAAAUAUAUCAUGGUUAAAAUAUCUGGAUACAUAUGAAAAAAAUUAAUACUUUAACAUGAUGGCUUUAGUCGAUAUGUUACUUUAUUAUAGUAUUGCUUGUAAUGGUAAAAAAAUCGUAUUUGCAAAAGACAUAUUUUUAUAUAAUGCUUAUUUGCUUUGCGUACCAAAGAACUAUAAAUUUUGUAUGAAUCUUUGGUACAUAUCAAAAUUAUAGAUUGGUAAUAUGUCCAGAAAUAUAUAUUUAUAUACCAUGUAAAAAAAAGAUUCAUGACUAUUAUCGUAUAUAAUAAUUGUAAUCGUUAUGCAUUUAUAUUAAUAUAAUAUAAGAAGCUAUGCAUAAACUGAUAAGAUUCUGAAGGAGACACGUACAAUUUGGAUACAAUUUCUUAAAAAUUGUCUGUGAUAUUGAUAUUCAAAGCUGCUUUGUAAAGAAUAAUGUAAUUAUUUUAUUAGUAUAGGAUCUAACUUAUUUUUUAUAUAUUGUAAUAACAAUUAGGUAUUAAUUAUUCGGAGCGCAAUAACAAUGAAGUGUAAGUAGAUUUAAAACAUCGAAGUUUUAGUUACUUAUUUCAGUCAAUCUAUACUAUAACGUAUGUGUUUCAUUUUGAAUUCACGUGUAAAAGAAAAACUUCGUUCACUAUUUUUCUAUUCCUUUAUUACAUUCUGAGCACAUUAUUUUUUGAUAAACAAUAUUUCAAGAUUGAUUAUUUUAACAAAUAGACCAUAUUUUAUUUAUUAAAAUAUACAAUCUUGAACAUCUAAUAAUUCGAAACUGGAUGGAAUUAAUGCUUUUAGUCCAAAACAAUGUAAUUCAUAAUUCAUUAGUGAUUAUCAAAGAGAGCAAAGGUUUUUUUUUUGUUAGCUGUCAUUAUAUUUACACUUUCCUUUACCAGAAUAAAAAUAAAUAAAAUGAUUAUGAACAUUAUCUUAUUGCGUGAUCUGCGUCCAGGACGAGGUGCGGCUCCUCUUAAGUACAUUGUAUCUGACGCGUUUGCAAACCUAUUUAAAGCAUUGUGGCCACACCCAUCUUACGGCCAUAUUGAGCGCUUGUACACAGUUAAUACAAACUCAAGUCUAUGUCUACACAAAAUCUAAAAGAAUGACAUUGUACUUUAUAUUAUAAUUAAAGAGUGCGCUCGCGAUCUUCGCGCUAUCUGCAAUAUUUUGGCUUGUACUAUCACGCAUAUAUCAGAGCACCGCUUUUUGUGUGAACAUUUUAUUAUUUCUACCAUUGUACAGAUAAAUAUAUCUAUUUAUAUAUAUUAAAGGCUGGCACAUUUCAAAAACGCAAGAAAUCCGUCGCCAACAGCGCCUCAAGAGGUCGCAUGAAAGCGCGCGCUUAUAAUAUAUCGGCUCAUGCCAAUAAUGAGGGUGCAUGGAGAUACAGCGUCAACGUUGCACUGCAGCUACAAACCUGUUAGUGAUAUGUGUUAGCCGAAGGUGUGUCAACGAUGAUAAUAAUAUAAAUUAAUGAAAGCAAAGCAGAAGAGAGAAGUUAUUUUUAAAUUUUUGUACAAUUACAUACCUAGUUAUUUAGAAAAAGUAUAUUUUAAAUAUAAGCAUUUAUACAAA